UUCCAUUUACUACGAACCUUCCUAGACUACAAGUACUACACUUGGAUAAUAACAAUUUUGUUGGAAAUAUUCCACCGAGCAUAUUCAACGCUUCUAAGCUUGUCCAAUUACAAUUGAGUUACAACUCAUUCAGUGGAACUUUGCCCAAUCAUCCUUUUGAAAAUUUGAAGUUCCUCAAAGCAUUUAUUAUAGAUCACAAUGAUUUGACCAUUAAUGAUUCUCUUCGAUUCUUUACUUCAUUAACAAGUUGUAGAUAUUUGGAAUAUCUACUCCUAUCAGAGAAUCAAAUAUUACCCAAUCUUCCAAAGUCAAUUGGAAACAUAACUUCCGAAUACUUUGAGGCAAAUUCAUGUGGAAUUGACGGUAAUAUUCCCUUAGAGAUUGGAAACAUGAGCAAUUUGUUAGGUUUUUCUCUAAUUGGGAAUAAUAUAAGUGGAAUAAUACCUGGUACAUUCAAAGGGUUACAAAAACUUCAGGUAUUGAACCUUGGCUACAAUGGACUACAAGGAUCAUUUAUUAAGGAGCUAUGUGAAAUGGAGAGUUUGAGUGAGUUGUAUCUAGAUCAUAAUAGCCUUUCUGGUUCUUUACCAUCUUGUUUGGGAAAUAUGACUUUUCUUAGAACUUUAAACAUAGGAUAUAAUAUUUUUACCUCUAAGAUCCCUUCCUCUCUUUGGAGUCUCAAAGAUAUCUUAAAGAUAAAUUUGUCCUCUAAUGCUUUCAUCGGUAAUCUUCCAUCUGAGAUUGGAAAUUUGAGAGCAAUUGUAUUAUUAGAUCUUUCAAAAAAUCAUAUUUCAAGCAAAAUUCCUACAACCAUUACUUUCUUAAAAACAUUGCAGAAUCUCUCUUUCGCGCACAACCAAUUCUAUGGGCCAAUUCCCACAUCACUUGGUGACAUGGUAAGCUUGAUCUCCUUGGACUUAUCCCAAAAUAUGCUAACUGGUGUUAUUCCAAAAUCUUUAACAUCACUUUUGUAUCUUCAAAACAUCAACUUUUCAUACAAUAGUUUACAAGGAGAGAUUCCUGAUGGUGGACCUUUCAAGAAUUUCACAUCCCAAUCUUUUAUGCAUAAUGAAGCACUUUGCGGAAAUCCUCGCCUACAAGUUCCUCCAUGUGGUGGUAAACAUGUUAAGAAAAGUUCAACGACAAAGAAGCUAUUAAUGAAAUGCAUACUUCCCAUAGUACUGUCAACCAUUUUGGUUGUUGCAAGCAUAAUACUUUUAAAACAUAAACGGAAAAAGGCUAAAAAUAAUCUUGAAAGGGGUUUAUCUACUUUAGGAGCUCCAAGAAGAAUUUCUUAUUAUGAACUUGUGCAAGCAACAAAUGGAUUCAAUGAGGAUAAUUUACUUGGAAGGGGUGGCUUUGGCUCUGUGUAUCACGGAAAGCUUCCCGAUGGUGAGAUGAUUGCAGUUAAAGUAAUUGAUUUGCAGUCAGAGGAAAAAUCAAGAACCUUUGAUGCAGAAUGCAAUGCAAUGAGAAAUCUACGACAUCGAAAUCUGGUUAAGAUUAUUAGCAGUUGUUCAAAUCUUGAUUUCAAAUCAUUGGUGAUGGAGUUCAUGCCAAAUGGAAGUGUGGACAAAUGGUUAUAUUCAAAUAACUAUUGUUUGAAUUUCAUGCAAAGGUUAAAUAUAAUGAUAGAUGUUGCAUCUGCAUUGGAAAGGGAA